UUUAUAUCAUUUUUAAACCCUAGAGUGUAAAACGACACCUCGAUCACAUGAUUUACGCAAUUUAAGUCGACCAGAAAGUCACAUGACAAACACACGUCAAGGACAACAAUCCAAGAUGGACGCAGGACACUGGCCGGAAAAACGGGCAAAACUCGACAAUGGAGACGAGGGGCAGAAAACUGGUUCCUACCUGAAGGAAGGAGAAGACAUGGCGGGGACUAUGGAGGUGAUUUUCUCAGUGAAUGAGGAAGUUGGAGCCUUGGCCAAGGCACUCAGGCUGUUUGAGUCCCACAAGAUCAACCUGACCCACAUCGAGUCACGCCCCUCCAAGAGGAACCGCGACCAAUACGAGUUCUUCGUGAGGUUCGACCCCAACGCGGCCGGCGUAAAACCGGCGCUGGAAGCACUGAGGUCAAGCGCGGCCUCCGUACAGGUGCACAGCAGGGACACCACCACGGAAGACUCAGAUCACGCCGACGCGGGUACAUUUCCCUGGUUCCCGCGAAAGAUUUCGGAUCUGGACAGAUUCGCCAACCAGAUUCUGAGUUACGGAUCAGAGUUGGAUUCUGACCAUCCUGGUUUCACCGAUGCCGUCUACAGAGCUCGCCGAAAGGAGUUCGCAGACAUCGCUUUCAACUACAAACAUGGCCAACCCAUUCCAAGAGUGGAGUACACUGAACAAGAGAUCAACACAUGGCGGCAAAUUUUCACCGAGUUGAGGAAGCUGUACCCAACUCACGCCUGCCGUGAACACAACUAUGUCUUCCCUCUACUGAUGGAGAACUGUGGAUUCAGAGAGGACAACAUCCCACAGCUGGAAGAUGUCUCCAACUUUCUCAAAGAUUGCACAGGUUUCACCCUGCGGCCCGUGGCCGGUCUCCUGUCCUCGCGUGACUUCCUGGCAGGACUGGCGUUCCGCGUGUUCCACUCCACCCAGUACAUCCGCCACCACUCCAAGCCUCUGUACACGCCCGAGCCGGACGUCUGUCACGAGCUACUCGGACACGCGCCUCUGUUCGCUGACCCAAGCUUUGCCCAGUUCUCACAGGAGAUCGGGUUGGCGUCUCUCGGCGCGCCGGAUGAUUUUGUGAUGAAGCUGGCGACGCUGUACUGGUUCACUGUGGAGUUCGGGCUGUGCCGUCAGGACGGGGAGGUGAAGGCGUACGGCGCGGGACUGCUGUCAUCGUUCGGAGAGCUGCAGUACUGCCUGACUGACAAGCCAGAUAUUCGACCCUUCGAGCCGGAGAAGAUCUCGGUGACAAAGUACCCAAUCACAGAGUACCAGCCCAUCUACUUCGUCGCAGACAGCUUUCAGGACGCCAAGGAGAAAGUCCGCACCUGGUCCCACUCCAUCCCGCGACCCUUCUCGGUGCACUACAACCCUUACACCCAGUCUGUGGAGAUCCUCGACAACAAGGACCACAUCGUCAACCUGGCCGCCAACAUCAAAGGUGACUUUGACAUCUUGGUGGAUGCACUGCAGAAGGUCAAGAUGUAAAACAUUAAGAUGUAAAAAAAACAUCAAGAAACGAACGCUGGGCUUCCCUCAUUUCUGGAGCAUAAUGUUUCAAAUAAAUAUAUACAAUACAGGGACAGUGUCGUGAGUGGGAGUAGAAGAUUUAUACCAUACCCCCUGUAAAUGAAUGGUGUAACCUUUGUUCAGAUGGGGGACAUUGUGGAGUUGGACCACUACAUUUGUUGUUUAGGGGAGAAGAAAGUGUAAUGGUGUGGGACUUACUGAAGACUGUUGUGGUGUUGAUCUUUUCAGUCUCUUAUACCAAGAUGUUAUCCUUAUCUUAUACAUAAGACAACAAUCUCUGCUUAUAGUGUUCUAAGAUCAUUGAAGCAAUUUUAUCCACUGUGCCUUGAGUUGAACUUUCCAGAAGAUACAUUCAUCAGUAUUUUAGGUAUAUGUAUCUAAUCUUAAUCUAUGUGACAAUGUAUAGAAACAGUAUUUUGUGGUAAAAUAGAGUAUUUUGAUGAGAGUAGAACUAAACCUGUUAUUUUCCUGAAAAUUCAGUUUUAAUGGUGUUGAAUCAGGGCUGGGUGUAGGAGGAGGGACUCAAGUUUCAAAGGAACUGUAUUGAUUGAGAGCUGCAGUUUAUUUGAGUUCGACAUACUACUAGCCUAGUAGCUGUAUUUGACUUGGAGAAAUACAAAAAGUAUUAUCAGAAGCCAUAUUACUACAUGUAUUUUGCCAGGAUAUAGCAAAAAUAACAUUGUUAACAUAGGUACAUGUAUAUGAUGGUAUUAAGAAGGUUUGACCAACUUAUAAAAGAAUAAUGUUACUUGGGUGAAUUGGAAAAUAAGAUUAUUAUUACUCAAAUGAAAAGAAGUACCUUGCCAGUGUUCCCAGUAUCUAACCUCUUCUGAUUGAUGCCUGUUUUUGACAACUGAAUUCUUGAACAAAAUUGGCAGUAAAAACAUGCACCAUUUAGGGAAAGUUUAGGUUAACGCUGGUUCACCUUUAUCCGAGGGUAACCUAUAUUCGUUGUUUUUAAGAAAAAACGUAUUUAGGGAUAUAAAGCCGAUGGACGGUGGUUUCAAAUCGAAAUAUUUUGAAAAUAUUGCAAAUUUGAAACCACAGUCCGCAGACUUAAUACUCCUUAAUGUGCUGUUUUUAAAGACAACUGAUAAAGGUCACCCCACGGAUAAAGGUGAACUAGCGUGAAAUCUCUUCUUGAAGGGUAGUCGACAUAUGGAUCACAGGGUCAACUCUGGGCCUGGUGUUUGAAGAAAACUUGACACGAGUACAGUAUACAAGAAUAUUGCAAAUGUAGAUGGCUGCAUAUUGUAUUCAAACUCUAUGCACUUGUGCUGUUAUGUCACAGCUUAAGAAAUUAGAUGGCUGUGUAUGAUACAAAACUCUAUGUACAAGGUUGUGCUAGUGUGAAUCAGCUUGAGAAUUAAACCACCUCACUUUGACCCAA